AUGGGGAUGAGGACGUGCAGCGCGAAGGAAGGGGUGAAGAGAGGGGCAUGGACGAGCAAGGAGGACCAAACCUUGGCCUCCUACAUCAAGGCCCAUGGCGAAGGCAGAUGGAAGGAAGUCCCCCUCAAAGCCGGUCUGCGGCGGUGCGGCAAGAGCUGCCGGCUGCGGUGGCUCAACUACCUCCGGCCGAGCAUCAAGCGGGGCAACAUCUCCGACGACGACGAGGAGCUCAUCGUCAGGCUCCACCGCCUCCUCGGCAACAGGUGGUCCCUCAUCGCGGGCAGGCUGCCCGGCCGAACAGACAACGAAAUCAAGAACUACUGGAACAGCACCCUUGGCCGGAAGGCGCUCCCGGCGCGACUGGACACCACCAGGACGGUCGCCACACCCUGCCCCUCCGCCAGCUCCGGCUCCUCCACCGGGGCGUCGACAGCAUGGCUUUCCUCUAACUGCGGGGAUGGUACAAGUGCCAAGGCUGCGGGGCUGCUGUCGUCGGCCUCGGUGUGGGUGCCCAAGCCCGUGAGGUGCACAGGCGGUCUCUUCCUCAGCCGGGAUGCGCCGCCCCCGCCGGUCAUGGAGACGCGGGCCGUGGGAGGAGACGCAGAUGAGUGCAGCGGCAGCAGCUUGGUGGCAUCGUCGGGCGGUGGCGACUGGAUGGACGACGUAAGAGCCUUAGCGUCGUUUCUCGAGUCCGACGAGGACUGGGACUGGGUCAAGUCCCUGCAGAUGGCGUAUUAA